AAAGCAUAGACCGUAAUUAUGUAGAGCAGCUCUUCCAAAUUUACGCAGGUGAAAGGUAGCAAUAAGGUCGGCACACGGCUGAGGUUAACGGAUAAUUUUUAUUAGUACUGUCAUGGUAACCAGAUAUUAAUCAUUGACCGAGUUUGCGACAGAGCGUGGCGAAUUAUCUGUUCAAAAAUAGAGCAGCCAUGUUUGUAGGCGUCGCUGCCAUUUCUACCUGCUGUGUUUCUGAGCUCCUCUGACUCAGACUUCACUGUUUUUAUUCUCAGACCGUUGGCAGGAAGGCACAGGCAGAGGCAGCGGCUGGUUUACGGAAGCGCUCUCGUGUCUUCGUUCAUUUUUGAAGGGCACGAGACAGGACACACACAGAGAGAGGCGUGUGCGCGUGCAGCUGCAGACGGAGACGUUUGUAUUACCGACAUGUAGCGUGCCUGUUCAAAUCUGUCGCGAGCAUCUCUCUCUCUCUCUCCCCUCCAAAAACCCACCUGCUCCUCCUCACAGAAAUCAGGGAGAAAAAGGAGGAAGGUGCAGCGAUGCCGAUGGUUUCAUCCGGAGAGGAAAGUUUAGAGUGUUUUUCUCAUUUUUAAGGUUACCUGUCCACCGAGGCAACGGACCCACUGUCCUCGACAUCUGCAGAGACCGUUUCCUCAUCACCCAUCUGGCGUUUAAAACUCACCAAAACAGGUAACGGGGAUAAUUUUAUGCAUUAUUCUGCUUUUUACAAUGAAGUUCUGCUGCUAUUUGUGAGUGUUAGUUAUUAUAAAACAAACCAACAAGGCAGGAAAUACUGUCUACUUCUGUGUUUUAGUGAAAACUGACCCUCAUGUUUUUGUUGUGUAUUGAUCCACUCCUUAAAGGUGUGCUCAGCAGAAUUUCUCUUAUGUUUUACCAUCAUCAUAAUCAGGGAGUCAGACAGUAGAGAUAUGCACUCGCAGAAAGUCUGUCUCUGUUAUUUCCUCCCUCAUCCCUGACACACACACAUACACACACACAGCAUGCACACUCAGGCACCCAUGACUUUGAUCAUAUCUGAUGGCAAAACAUUGAAUAAACACAACCUUCACCCUUGUCUUAUGCCUGGAAAAUUGUCCUUGAAGUUUGAGUGUAACUAUGGCAGAUACUUCAUCUGCUGCUGCCCUCUUUCUGCCCAGAUCAGACAUGUCAGUGUAGAAAUGUGUGCAUCCAUCAUGGGCUAAAUACUAGUGCUCUGUAAAUAUAAGGUAGAGCUGUAGUUUGCAUAACGGUUCGCACAACUGACAUCAAAUAUCACCAAAAAUGGUCUUGUUGUCUGGCAUAUUUGCAUAUCUACCUGCCAUAAGCUGUUUUACAUGAUUGAAUCUUCUUUCAAAUAUGUAAUUGUCUGUAGAUUUUGCAUGCUUAUCCUUAUAUGGCACCAUUUCUCAGUGCAGAAUGUAUUCAGUCUGUGGUAAGAUGGGUUUAUAAGAUGUAUGGCAUUAGUUGCACAGGGUCAUAAUUAGGCUGCAAACAUGAUGUUCAGUGACGACUCUACAUUCCCAAAACAAUGAUGGACUGAUAUCAACUCACCUAACAGGUUUUUUUUUCGCCUGAAAAACCACAGCUGUAAUUUGUGCAUUUUUCUUAAAUCCUAUUUCCUUAUCAGUGUGUUACUUGACAGGAAGGCAUAUUAAUGAAAUGAACCAACAGCUCUGUAAGAUCGUCCUUUAUUUUCAUGCACAUGUAGACAUCUGUACACAGUCACUGCUUGAUCUCAUGCUCCAUGUUUGUUAUUUAAUUAGAUUACUUAAACUGGGUUAAUUUGCAGACAGGUUAUGUUGGACUAAAAAGAAUAUACAGAGCAUCCCAAUUACUGGAAAUUGUUCAAUGUAUGCAUGAAAAAUAUUCCUGCUUGGUUCUCCUCCACAGAGAGCCGCUGAAGCAGAGUGAAGCCUCAGUAAAUGUUUCCGUUUGGCUGAUUUCAGUAAUUGUUAAUUGACAGAUUUUGAAACUGCAAUAAAAUUUUGCAGAGCAGACAUUAUUCAGCGUGUUGUCAGCACAUGGCUUUAGUGUUACAGUGUAAGGCGAAUCAUCCUGACAUCCUCCAGCCUGAUGGGGCCUGUUGGAUACAAAGGAGCAGGAUACACAGUGGCACUAGGACCUGGAGGAGCCGUCUACAGCUGUGGCAGCAGCUGCCUGUGUCAUUUCUGUCCAGGUCAUCAUUAGUAUCCCUGUCACAGGGGCAUAUGGCCCUGGAGGCCCCGAACACUAACACUCUACUUGGCUGUAAUUUUAAUAACAAACUCCGGAGAGGUGUGUGGAGUGUGAAUCAUACUGUGGUUGGAAUCACAGUGACAGCAGGAGGCGGAAACGUGGGUUAAAAUGAUCAAAUGUGAGACAGAUAUGCUAAUAAACAUUUGUAACUGGAGAUGUAACGCCAUGACAUGUGACCUUUGACCUUUUUAGUGCAACAAUAUGCAAAACAAACCACAACAAUCCCACUGAAGGGGCAGGUCUGCCGCUUUCUGGGUUGCAUCCUCCUUGUUUCUCUCAACCCCACCCCCAGGACAGUGCAUGUAAACACCAUGACACAUUUGUUAUUUUCAAAUUAUUUCCCUCUCUUCUCUACAGAAUAUGAAGUGUUAGUCUGACGUUACUGUUCCCGGUGAGACAAAUAUUUGGCUCCCGCUCUGUCAUUUGCAUUAGCAGCACAUACAUUUUUGUAUGAGAAAGAUUAACUGUGCUAAAUUUGGACUUGGGCUGCAAAAAAUGUAGAACACAGAGAACCCACUGCAUGUGCUACCUCCAUAUCUUAUCUCUCACACAUGCUCUCCUUCCCAUGGUCCCCUCCCCUCUCUUUCUUUCUCUUUCCCAUGUACCCGCUCACACUCCAAUGCACAUCAGCGACAACUAUGAUCUACGUCCAGUUGUUUUGACGCUGGCUGCUAGGACUGUGGCUUAUUGACGUCAUUUAAAGUGACUGUUAGGUGGUUGGCUGAAGGAAACAAUACAGAGAGCGUCGCUAGAAGAGCUCAAGUGUCACCUCAGAGCAGAGGCUGAAUGGGAAAGGAGAGCAACAAAAACGAUUUUAGGUCGAGAGGGAAAAUGACGGCGUGUGAAAACGUACAAAGAACUGUUGGGGCGAACAUUUAAAUGGCCGUAAAUGUGAAGGUGGGCAAGAUGGAACAACAGAGUCUGGGAGAAGAUGUGGAGAGAGUGGGAUUAGAGAAAUGGAGCGAUAAGAGAGAGAGGGGGGAUUAAAGCUUGGAAAAAUAGACAGUGCCACAGGGAAGUGUGAGAGGAUCAAUUUGGAGACGUUCUGCAAAGAGACACAGCGCUGUCACUGAAUGGGCUGUCUCGCUCUCGCUUCCCUCGCCUCGUUUUGCACCCACCCACUCCCACGUGUGCCCAAUCGCCCUCCCACACUCCCCUCAACAAAAUACCAUACAUGGACCAUAAGAAUACAUCAUGCCAGCCCAGCACUAGGUUAUUGGUGGACUGAAAGACCCCCGUGUUUCUGGGUGCAUGUUGAGUGCCGAGGCAGCCCUCCUCUCAUGGCCCUCGUCUCUUCAAGGUCAUGUGAAUAAUUAUAAGAGAGUGAUGUUUCUCCCCGAGCGCAUGACCUCACUCUGUUUUCUAACAAAGAGCGUGUAAGGACAUCUUUUUGAUCAUAUACAGAAUACAAUGAGUAAACAUCAGGAAGGGUUUUUUUCUGGUCAGCUCUCGUGUGUCACUACUACAACCACUGACUUAUGGAUCUGGGUUGAGUCGCUUCAGCAUUUCGCCAAAAUCAGCUGUUCCUUUAGGCUUGGACAUUUUCAAUAAGCAGAUAACUAUGACUCUGUCUGUAUCUUAUAUUUUGAUGUGACAUCCAAGUAAAAUUUUUGUUACAGUGUCAUCUUAAGGGAUGAAAUUUAUGGAUGCGACGUCUUAUUUUCUAUUUGAUUCAGUCGUACGGUGCUCUUGUUUACGGUCAUUAAGACUUCUCCUACUUGACUGAUUUUUUUGUUUGAAUCUGAUUUUUUGUAAACAAACUGUUGUUACUGUAGCACAAUUCGAACAUUUUUUACACAACAAUUGGAUCGACUGCAUGUAAUGGCAGAGAUUUCUUCUUUUUUUAUCUUCCAGCUCUGCUCCUCUCUCUCUUUCUUGUCGUUUAUUUCCAUGUGGUUGACUUUUGCUGUAUUGGCCUGUGCGGCGCUCCUCGUGUCAGUGUGUGGCAGGUGCUGAUAUGAACUGACUGAGCAUCUCGAUGGCUAUUGGGGGACUGCCAGGCGACUUACACACACACUUUAGUGGAUGAUAAACUGUGUCCAGCCCCUUUUUCCACCCAUCCAAAUCCUCCCUCUGAAAGCUCUGAAAAUUCAGGACAGGAGGAGGUACAUCCCUUCAUGUCUCUGCUGCUGUUUGUAUUUUAUACCACAGACUGUUGUUAUGUAGAAUAGUGCUCCGUUCUAACAAUCUUGCUCAUUUUCCAGUGUGUAUUUCCAAACAUCAGAUGUGUGCAGCCGCACUCAUUUGAUUUCAAGGCAGGUAACCGAACAGUCAUGAAGGUUGGAGUCUGAGUGACUCACUCGGUUGUCCUGUUGGGUCAACAGGGUCUCAUGACUCACCAGCCGGACUGACUGACUGUCUUUGUGAAGGAGGCUGCAUGUUAUUCAGUCCUUUGUCUUAAUGGUAGAUAUCCUCUUCAGACCCUUUUGGCCUCUUUUUCUAAUUUAUCAUCCCCAUCAGAUUUUUAUCAUCUCUACAGAGACUCUGCUUUGAUUCUGAGUCUUGUGUAAGAUCUCUCAGACAACUCUGAUGUCUCUGUCAGCGGUCGGCAACAUUCAUCUCUCGGGGGGGUGUCUAACUCGGUGUUAUGGUGUUUUUGACCCUAAAUUAAUUUUAGGCCGGAAUAUCCCUUUAAAUUCCUGAAAUGCAAACCUGAAUUACUCAGUUCAAAGUUAAAUCUUUCCUGUUUGCUUUUGUUGCAGAAUCCCUGAGAAAUGGACCAAGAUAGUCCGAGCCAAAGCCAAACAGCAGAAGAGAGCCCAAAUAGAGCAGCAGAAGCUUCAACAACUCCAGCUCCAACAUCAGGUACAGAAGCUCCAGCCUCUCAAGCCACCUCCACCCAGCCUGCUGCACCCGGGAGACCUCGAAGGCCACAGAGAAGUGCUAGAGUCGAGGGCUCUGUAGACGUCUCUGAACCUAAAUUAGAGCCCAAAGCGGAGCCCUCUCCUGAAGCCAACAAGGAUGAGUGCACUCCAGAUGGGUCGGUGCCAAGCAAGCCUAAACCAGCUCGUUCUGCAGCAGGCAAGCCAGCAGGAGAGCACCCCGGCCCUGGCAUUAAAGCAGGUCCUAAAGGUGUAGGGCACCACCCUGUUAGAGCUGCCUCAGUCCCUCAUCCACCUGCCAGCAGGCCUGUGCCCCCUCACCUGAACCCUCAUGCACAGAGAGCCCUCUCUGUCGCUGGGACAGCCGACACUCAGGCCCAGAUUAUCGAAGACUUCAGGCAAGUUUUCUCUUCUGUGAAUCAACAUUCAUGUCUCGGCACGUCUGCACCUUUUUGUUCCCAUGCAGCUGAGAAACAUCAACACAGUAGACAGAGCAUUUGUUUUCAUUUAUUGACAGUCAAUAUGCAGCAGAUAGAGUGUGGUAACUUUAGCAAAACUGUGUGAUCGUACUUUUUUAAAAUAUAUAUCUUAAGCUGUAUAGUUUGCACUUCCUUCCACCAUUUUCUCACAUAUAUAACACCCAAGUUUCUGUAAUUUUCAGUGUACAAAAUUCUGUGAGGAGACAUCAGCUAAACUCAUGAACUCUUCUAAGAACCCAAACAUGUGCAAGCCUGUAAAGAGGAACACAUUCAGUUUGAUUUCCUGUGAAGGGAUGACUCUCUUUUUUGUGGGUGUGCCUCGAACCAUUUCCACUCUCAGUAGGUAGUGAAACUCCAAACACUAGAACUGAUUCCUGGAUUUGAUCUGGCAGAUUAUUAGAAAGCAAGUUGUCUAAAUUGUCAAAGAAGACAGAGAUUUAGAGGUGCAGGUCCUACUGGAGCCUCAUUCAUGGUGUUGGUGUGAAGAAGAAACAGCUGACAAAAAUGACUCUGAUUUAGGUAAAGAAAAUCAGAAAGACUUGCUGCAGCUCAGAUGAUCUGUAUGAAGGGGAAGCUUUCAGAUAACAUUCCCAGUGUAGAGAGCAUGCUGCUUUUUAUAGGAUAUUCUUGGUAUUGUCUUGGGAGCAGGACCUCGAGUGCCCUGCAACAACUGUGACAUUUGCUCUUUAAAGUGUCCAAUAUGCUGAGCUGCAGUAUCAGGUUUAGUCAGACAAACACUCUGACUUUAAAUCUGUGUCUCUAAUUCCAGUCAAAUUUUAGUAUAUCACAUAAUUCAGCAUUAAAUGUAAGUAUGUAUUCAUGGGAAGGAAACACAGUGAGAUGUGAACAAUUUAAUUCCAUUAUUUUCUAAAAUGAACACAUGGGAGUAAUACAUGCCCUUAUUUCAUCCCCUGAGCGUCAUGAUACCCAGUCUGUUGAUCACGCUGCAAGUGGUGUCUAACAGUUCAGUGUUAAAACUGCAGUUCCUAGAGCGUCCACUUGAGGCGGCUCUAGAAGUACAGAAGCUGCACCCUUUCAAAAAGCAAAACUAAACGUGCUUACAGGCUGGGACAGAAACAGUUUUGGUCUUUGUUGCUCAUUUUUCUAUUUGCACACACUCUACAGGUGGUGAAUCAUUUUAAAAAUAAUUUGUUUUUGAGGAUAUUAAGGGUACAGAUUUGCAUUAUUAGGGCGGAUGGCUGACUUAACUGACAGGCAGGAACUCUGGAGACACAAGAGGGUGACGUCACUGAGGUUAUGUUUAUGUUUUAUACAGUCUGUGGUCUGAACCAGCACUUCCUGGUUAUUACCUUAAUGUCUGGUGUUGGUUAACCUCAUAAGAGCAGAAGCUACAUUUAGUCACAUUAGAUUUUUCAGUGAUUUGACUUAUCAUCAGUUGCUGCUUAAAGGUGGGGUAGUCGGGAUCGAAGAAAGUGGCCGUUCUUGGGAGAAAUCUUGAAUGUAAACUCUACCCCUCCCAACUAGUUUUCCCCUCAGCUCCUCCUUUCUGCUUCAGCAAGCCCCGCCCACAAACAGACGCUCCUGCUCGCUCGUAUCGUUUCAAUUAAAUUCAGUUAUAAUGCAGAUAAUUACUUCAGAUAAUUACAAAUGGGGCCGAGUCAACGUGAAAGUAAAAAGCAUUGGUGCUACUGUAGAUGCCAACAGACUACCAGCAAACACAAUGUUUGCAGGACUUCUACAACUAGGCUAAAGUGACAAAGUCCAGGACCCGAGGUCAACAGUUUAGCGGCGCUACAACACGCUACAGCAGGUCCAGUUUGACAAGAAACACUUCUGUUACAGACACUUGUCUUACUUUGUUAAAGUGGUUUACCUGUCCAGCAGAAAGGUUACAGGGUCCAUAAGAUCCCAAAGUGUCCCCCAUCGUUUAUGUUGACCCGGCUUUUUAGCUCUUGUCCGGUCUACCUCCGUUUUAAGCGCCCGUUAUUCCUCCAGAGUCUCUGGUAUUUACUUUGUUUUCUUGUUUGUGUCGGCAGUCGUUGGUAAAGGAGGAUUCAGACAGUUUUCCGAACUUUCUGGUUGGUUUCUACUGUCUGAUUUUGAAGCACGCUAACUUUGUUUGGGCUUGUUAAUGACAUGGGGGAGCAGCGUCCACCUCACAACCAAUCAGGUUGGGGGAGGCGGAGAACGGCUUUAUUUACAGUCAGAAAGAGCGGGCCGCUCAAAAAUUUUAAAAUGUUGACUACACAGACAUAACAAAACGCAGCGAUAUUGUGAUAUUCCCAAAUGUCAUCAAUAACUAAUAGCUAUUGACUGAUAUUAAAAGCUUUUUGUAAAUACACCACAAAAAAAUAUUGCUUCUUUAACGGAUUCCUGCCUACUCCACCUUUUAAUAUGAGACAUUUAAAAAAUUAUAGCAAGACUUCAAGAGAAUCAUUGGGAUAUAUGAGUCUCAGGGUUUUGUCUCAUUCGGAGUCUGCAGGUUGAGACACUGAUGUGUGUGUUUAUAAGAGAUAUUACAUAACACUCUUUUCCAACAGGGUGCACAUCAUCACCUGGAACGUCGGCUCAGCCACGCCACCUGAUGACAUCACUUCCUUGCUGGGGUUGAAUGUCAGCGAUGGAAACACAGACAUGUACAUAAUUGGGUGAGUGUGCUGCAGCAGUUAUCCGCUUCAUGUCAGUGUCAUUUCUGUCCUCCUGUCCAAAAAUCAACUGAGGCUGAGACCUGAAACACCGAUCGACUUAUAUCACAUGUCUGUCUGCUGUUGACCCCAGUGUGUUGUUAUUGUGUGUCGUUUUCUCCCAAGGCUGCAGGAGGUGAACUCAAUGAUUAACAAAAGACUCAAAGAUGUCCUCUUCACAGACCAGUGGAGCGAAGUAUGCAUGGAGAGACUCAGCCCCUUUGGUUAUGUGCUGGUUAGUAAUUGAUUUUAUUAUUAACACAUACGCACGCUCUCAUCGGGAAAUUUGGAGCAAAUUAGAUUCAGACUGUAUGAAAUUUAGGGACGCUGAUGAGAUCUCUACUUCCUGCUGCUGUUUUGGCUCAUUUUGUUCCCUGAGCGAUGAAUGAGCUAAUCAUUUAUAACAGGCAUGUAAUGUCAGUGUAUCUGCUAUCUUCCGCUGUCUGACAAGCUCAUAAGUCAAGCUCUCAGUGGUUCUCUCUCUCUUUGUUCCUUUAUGCUUGCACACCAGCCCCUCUUCCCUUUUAUUCUCUUUUAAUGACAGGACAUACUCAUUGUGAGGAGGUAGCAUGCCAUUAAACAUGCUAGUCUCGUGUAAAGGGAAACCAAGGUACUGAUAUAGAAAUACAAUGUAAGAUAUGUAUUAUGUACCGUGUUUGGUGUCCAUGCGCCUACAUCUGAAAUAUGUCUCUGUUGGCAUGGUGAGCCACAGAGUAUGAAUCAGCUGCUAGACAAAUGUCUCCCAGGAUGCUGUUUUAUUUUUGGAUCACGUUGCUGUCAGUGUUGAUGGGCGUCUGACUCGGAGAGACUGACACUCCCCUGCAGCGAUCUCGUGGUCCACCGUGUUGAAAGCUUGCUAAAGUUGCGUCCAUGUGACUUUUCGAACUGUACUUCAUGGGGGACAUUAAAACUGCGGUCAGGUUGAAGGGGUGUUAUUUUGCCUGUCGAGUCGUUACGUCGUGAACAGACGUGAAAGUAACAAGACACCCCAUUAGGCUGAGAGGGUCUGCUCACCGAGACUCGUCGUCAGGUUCAAACUGUAAUUGCUUAGAGGACAAGAGAGCGAACUGGAAUCAGCUCUCUUCUGCAGAAACACAGAGUCAACAAGACUCUCCUUCUGUCUGUUCGACACAAAAGCGCUGAUUGUCACAUUAUUUCUGUUUAUAUAAUCGUUAUUGUGGAUGCACAAAAUUAAAACAGGCAGUUUUUCUGGUCUUUAUCUCUAUCUGCAACAUGGAGGGAUGUAUUGAAUAUGCAGCUUCAUGACUUUGUGUAUAAAAUGUGAUGUAUUGGUUUGACCUUUUCUGAAAACUGUAGACUGGGCAUUUGAUUUAUCACAUCGUAAAGUAGCAAAGGAAACUGCAAACAUUAUAGGCCUAUUAUAGUCAAUAUUUUUGUUAAAUAGAUGAUUUAGUGUUAUUUAAACUGGUGUAAAGAGAAUUUUAAUAAAUGAUACGACUAAAAGCUGCAAGCACAAAAUAAUAACCACAGUUUUUAGUAUGAGACUCUGAAGCACGGUAAAUACUAUUUUAAGGAUCACUCACCCUGAUAACACCAACACAGAAAUGCUCAUGUCAUUUAUAAACAGCCGUAAAUCAACUUUAGCUUUCUGCAUCUCUUCUGUAAGUGAUAAACACACUUCUAAUAUUGAUUUUGAUCAAGAACUAAGGACUAAGAUGUUGGUGUUUCUGCUGUAGUCCCUAGCCAUGGGCAAAAUUUCUUGAUCAAAACAAAAAUUUGAUCGGAUAAUCUGAAUCCACUGUUUAUAUGGGUGCUAAAUCAAAUAAUCCGAUCAUGAUGUGCCUAUACAUGCACCAAGUUUUAUUCAGAUUAGAAGCAUUUGGACAUGCGCAGAGUUGUCUGAUUUCGCUAAAACAACCACAGAAGAAGAAGAGUUGUAUUUUCGCCUGUGCUGUCAACAAACCAACAAACACGGUAGUGGCUCACUUCAUCCAAUUCAGGAUUUUCCCCUCUGUUAAAUGUUGUCUCUAGAUGGCGCCCUUGCUUACUUAUUUUACUGUUCUGUCAAAGGUCGCUCUGCACGUGCAGAUGUGACAUCAUUACGCUGUAUGUACGCCUCGUUUUGUUAUCGGAGGAGCAGACACGGCACCUGCAGUUGUGUUUUAUGUCAGAGUGUUAAUAAUAAAACCUCCUGAACUGACCUCAAUAAAUAAAGAGUGAAGAUCGAGUCAGGUAAGAGAGUCACGAUCGGAAUAAGUGUUUACAUGGACGCGUUCCGGAAUAACGAUCGGCAUUAACCACCCCUCUCGAUCGGAAUACAAUUUCUUUCUGAUGGAGCCGAAUUGGAUCUGAAUCCUCCGAUUGACAUUUUUACAUGACGCCUUUGAUUACGAUCGGGCAUUUAUUCUGAUUAUUUGUGCCCAUGUAAACGCAGCUACUGUUAAGGACUAGAAUCAGUGAGAUGUUACUUUGCCCCAAACUUUUUUCUCAGGUCCAACACUAGCCUGCAAACAUCACACGAGCGACUCACAACUUAUUUCUUAAAUCAUGUGUGUGUGUGCUGUACACGAUCAAAUAAACGCCACACACACACAGAAAUACACACACACACACACACACACACACACACACACACACACACACACACACACACACACACACACAGACACACACAAACACUUGUCUCUGGGCUUGAAUGUCUCUUUAUUCAGAGCCAAGAUGUAGCAUGACAGCCGUCAGAAACACUGAUGUUGAAGAAAUGUCUUUUAACCAGAAGCCCUUUACCGCUUCAAAACUCUAUGUUUAUGAUACUGAGGUUUUCAGGUGAAAACAAGAUGUCACACUAAGUCUGCCUGCAUGCAUGACAGUUUUACACACCUUCAGAGUGUUAAAAACAGUAGGCUUAGGUUCAUUUGUCAUCACUGAUCCACCCCCACAAACAAGGAUCUGGUUGCACAUAGCUGUGGACAGUCAGAUUUUUUUCAGCACAGGUGUGCAGGUCUUAACAGCUGUAGUGCAGAGUAUCUAUGGCACCAGUGGAGGGUGGAGCCUUUAAAGGCCUAAAAUGUAUAGACGCUCUCCCUGAGGCCCUUCGUACCCCUAAACAAGUUAGUUUAGUCUGCUCUGGACUCCGGUAAAAGAGCUGAUUGGACUGCUGUCUCCCAUCAAAAGAGAUCCUGGUUUCAGGUUGGGGCCUCAUUUUAAGAGCCCAAGUGUUCUCGAUUUCUUCCUGGAGAGUCGACAGCAGAUUUAAAACAACCAGAGUAAACAAGAUGGUACAUAAACACAAACAACUACACACUGCAACACAACACAACACAACACAACACAACACAACACAACACAACACAACACAAAAGUGAAGUGGUUGGCUCUGGUGCCUGACAGCAAGAUGGUUCAAGGUUCAAGCCUCAGCUGUGGCCUUUCAGCGCAGUCUUGGAAAAAGCUUUUGAACCACGAUGAUACACAGAUAAACUAUAACCCAAGAGAGCACUGACAGGCUGCACGGUGGUGUGGUGGUUUGGUCUUGUCUCUCAGAGAAAAGGUCGUUACUCAAAGCUGGCUGACCAGAUUGAUGGAUUCAUCGGUUGUGGAGGACAUUGCGGGCAAAGUGCAGGGAGAGCGCAGGAAAGAGGAGAGGAAGGAAGGGAGAGAGAGAUAUAGGGAAAUUGACAGUACAAGGGCAGGUGUCUCUCCAUCCCUGAGAGGGUAGAAAAACUACAGUUUUUAUAUUUAUACUCAUGUUUUAUUAUACUCAGUUUUACUUCUUUAAUAUGUCUUGUGUUACUUGAAGUCACUCCAACAUCACUCCAAAGUGUCUGGAUGAGCAGACACUUUUUUUCUGAUGUACCAAGUUUCACAGCAUAUUAAAAUUAACACAAAGUGAACGGUUCAAUGAGCUAUUUUCUCUCCCUUAUGUGAUGAUGAACUUGAACUUUACUUGAAAAACAUGAUAAUUUCUCUCUUUUUGUUAUUGAUCCCUAACUCUCAGGGUGCUGCACAAAGUUGCAGUUUUCAAAAGCUUUUAAUGGGUCAUAAUGGAAGUGUGGUUAUAGUCGUCUUGUAGUUCUGGUUAGGCCCAAUGUGUUUUCAUGGGGCCAAGAAUUUGUGGUGAUCCCCCCGGGGGCAAGACAGGAUCAUUGUGAACUAGUGUAGCAGGCAGAGCAGAAAACCGAGUCUGUGUGUGCAUGUUUGAGUGUGUGUGUGUGUGUGCAUGUUUGAGUGUGUGUGUGUGUGUGUGUGUGUUUGAGUGUGUGUGUGUGAAGCGCUCUCUGCAUGUUUACACAUCGAGCCUCUUGUGCUUCUGCUGUAAAACCCUCCCAGAGUUAACAAACACUGACUUAAAAAUCACAGAGAUGCACGUCGUACACAUUCACACAAAUAAAGUCGGCUCUCUUUACGGUUCAGUUGAAUCCAUUACGCAACAAAGUUGUUCACAUCCCCAGCCCGUAUACAAGUGAAGGGGUCUUGUGUCACGUGGAGAUGCGUGCCUCCAUUACUGCCCACAGGGCAUUUCAGCCGGAGUGCGAUCAUGCUGCUUUAGCCUGCGGUUGGGGGGUUGGGAUGUGUGGACCACUGGAAAGAAGGAGGGGUGAGAAUGAAUGUCUGGAGAGGGGCUUGGCAUUGUAUGCAAAUUCCUCGUCUUGUUCCUCUUGACAGAUGCACCUGUCAUAUCUGCCCCUCUCGAACCGUACAAAGUAUGUAGACUUUCCUUUUAUACUGUAGAUACAAUAACGUCAAAGCCUUCAUUUCAUUAUGAGAAGCAGGAGAGCUGCUGAGGAUGAUGAUGGUGGUGGGUUUACAGAAAGCAGAGGUCUGGUAAUUGAGUGGUUGAAGUGUGUUCAUCAUGUUUCCUCUACAAAGUGGUUUGUUGCAACAGCGAGGGCAGGCCACAAGCAACGGCCUCUUUAAUGUGCAGUACUUCAUGUAGAGAAGCAGGAAAGCUGGGCCACAGACUCCUGCAGGGGGAAAUAGAAAUGUAAGUGGAGAAUAAGGAGAGAGGCAGAAAGUAAAGCAGAGCAGCAGAGAUGGAAAACAGACUCUGUUGGGAACAUUUGAUAUCUAAAAAUGUUCAUGCAAAUUCAAAUAUAUGCAUACAGUUAUCCUGGACUGUAUAUCUGCUGUCUCAGAAUUAUGCAAAGUGCCUCUGGAUAACCGUGCGCCUAUUUAUAUCACUUUAUCUUACUCUGCAUGUCUGUUCGUCUUUAUUCUCAUGUCCAUCUAUUGCAUGUCUGUCCGUCCUUCAGGUGACCUCUCAGCGGAUGCAGGGUUUGUUGCUGCUGGUCUUUGCCAAGUACUUCCAUCUGCCCUUCCUCAGAGGAGUCCAGACCGAGACCACCCGCACUGGGCUUGGGGGAUACUGGGUGAGAUAGCCUGUGACACCACCCUGUGAUCAUCAUCACUGUGUUCUCCAUGAGAGUGACUUGGUUUAAGUGUGACGUUUUUGUUGCUCUAGUUUGACACACUUUUGCACCUGUUACUUUUGGUAGUUGUAAAUGAAGAAUGAGGGGCGAGCCACACAUUAUUAGAGACAAUUAAGGUGACAAACUUCAGUCAUAUAGAGUCAAAGUAAAAUCACUGUUAUGAUAAUUAGACAGAGACACUUAAAGGUGGGGUAGGCAAAAAAGCUUUUAGUAUCAGUCAAUAGCUAUUAGUUAUUGAUGAAAUUUGGGAAUAUCACGAUAUCGCUGUGUUCUUUUAUGUCUAUGUAGUCAACGUUUUAAAAUACUUUGAGCGGCCCGCUCUUUCUGACAAACAAAGCCGUUCUCCGCCUCCCCGACCUGAUUGGUUGUGAGGCAGACGCUGCUCCCCCGUGUUGUGAGCCACGGUCCGCGUCCUUGAAUAACGUUCAUGAGCCCAAACAAAGUUAGCGGUGCUACAAUAUUGAACAGUAGAAACCAACCAGAAAGUACGGAAAAUUGUCUGAAUCCUCCUUUGACAUUGAGUAACAUGGUGCAAAGAUCACAGUGGAUUUGGAUCAUCAAUGUUCCUCAGUUUGAAGUCAGACAGGUACCUGAACCUCCUGCAGAUUUAAUAGGGCUGCAUCGUUUUUGUCUUAGCGGGUCAGGAAAACUGCGGGUCUGCAGGCUCACCAUGUUCCCUGAUGUGCACUUAACUGAUAACAUUAAGUAUUGAUGAAGCUGCUCACGAGUCCUUAAUGAACAAACUUCCUGUUUGUCUGUGGCACGGACUAACAUCACUCAGUAAAAACACCGACUCGCUCACAUCACUGACUGUCAUAAUUAAACUGGGUUAUUUAGUCCUGUUCUCUUAAGUAAUACUCAAAUCUCUGUUCGGGAUCGUUUUUAGGGAAACAAAGGUGGUGUGAGCGCCCGCAUGUCAGUGUUCGGUCACACCAUCUGCUUCCUGAACUGCCACCUGCCGGCUCACAUGGAGAACUCAGAGCAGCGCAUGGAGGACUUUGAGAGCAUCCUGCAGCAGCAGCAGUUUGAGGGCCAGGCUGCCACCGGGGUCCUCGACCACGAGUAUGUAACACACAAACACAGACAUGAACUCACACGUAGUUUUGUCACUCGGAUUAGCAGUAACGAAAAUGGAAAAUUAGCUCUUAUAGAUCUGCGACAACUCUGUUUGUGUGUUUUCUUAACAUGAAUUUUUCAUGAGAAAAAUCAUGUCACAUUAGCAUUUCAUAAGUUCGACUACUUGUAUUUUAUGAAUAAUGUAACUCUGUUUUUUCUCUCAGUGUGGUUUUCUGGUUUGGAGAUCUUAAUUUCCGCAUCGAUGACCUGGAAAUGCAAGUGGUAAAAUCAGCCAUCGACAACAACAAGUAUACAGGGUUGUUGGAAAAGGAUCAGGUAAAUAUAAAAACACUGUGAAGACAGAUGAGUGCUAAUGUGUUUUCAGCUCUUUUGCACGUGAUCUUUGGAAAGGGCACUUAAUGCAAACUACCCCCAGUUUCUCUGUAUGUGUAUGAGCCCAUCAUGUUGAAUUCUGACUGAAUUUUUACAUUUCUGUGAAAUAUAUCAACACUCUAUGAAAUAAUACUCUUAUUUUUUCUAAAAUCUUGAUUCAUCCAAAUGUUUUAAUAACUAGAAGUUGAAAGAGAGGUGCAUAGAGUCAUAUUUUGUCUGCCUGGUGGAUGAACUGUUUAAAUUGUGCCACUAGAGGGCAACGUAGAAACACACUUUCCUCUCCAGAAGGCUGUCAGUGAAUAUCAGGUAUACUGUAAGUUUAUCCUUCAUGGUGUCCACUAAUUCUCAAUGUUUCAGCUCAAUAUGGCCAAAGACAGUGAGACAGUCCUGGAGGGUUUUCAAGAGGGGCCGCUGAAAUUUCCCCCCACCUACAAGUUCGAUGUUGGAACAAACACGUAUGACACAAGGUAGGUGACGCCACGGGGGCUGUUAAGAAAAGGCCUCAAUGAAACUCUCCCCUCUGAAAGGUCUUCUGUAGCCUGGGAGGACAAAUGAAAAUGCCACCAUCCUCGUAGGAUAUUUAACCACAUGCUUUUUUCUGCUCGUGCUCCGUCUCUCUGUUUCUGCGCCUCACCCAGCGGCAAGAAGCGUAAACCAGCUUGGACUGACCGCAUCCUGUGGCGUCUGAGAGCAACCGCACCUGCAGGGGCAGCUCUCAGCGCAGGGAAGCGUGGCUCCAUGUCAGGGCUGACCAGUGGGACCAAAGUUACUCAGCACAACUACAGAAGUUACAUGGAGUACAUCGUUAGUGACCACAAACCCGUGUCCUCCAUCUUUACCCUGCAGGUAAGAAGCAUGAUCAGAACAGCUGAGGGUUUUACAGCCCAAUAAUUCAGUGUUUUCUUUCAGCACACUGGUCUGAGAAUAAACACCUUACUGUUUUUUCUGUAUUUUUAAUACUUUAGAAAAACUGGACAUUUCUAAACAUUACCUUACCUUUUUAAAGAUCUAGCCAAAGAGAAUAUAAAUGCGGCCUGACCUUUCCUUCAUCCUUAAUGUGCAGAUAAAUGCAGUGAACAGUUUGUGCAUGGUGCUGUCUUGAGUAGCAGACUUAAUUGUGAUAACUGCUGCUUCCUGCUGACUGUAAUAUCAGGGUGGACAGCUGGAAUUAAACUGUGCACACUUGUUAACUCCCGGUAGUUUAUCAGACUGGUGUACAGCACAGUUUACACAGUAAAUAUGAACUGAACGCAGUAUUUAAACAUGGUUGGCAUGUGCAGAAAAAUGAUUUUAUCGUGUGCGAAACCUUCUUAAAAAAACAAACUGGUAAAACUCCAAACUAGAGAAGAUAAAAAUCCUUUUGCUGUGUUUAAAUGUUUGUUUUUUAAUGUCUUUCGUAGUUCCCAUACAAGGUGGACGUGCCCCUGGUCACGAUCAUAGUGGAGGAUGAGUGGAAUAGUAUUCCUGAUGCUGUAGUCAAAUUUAAACUGGCGCCUAACUAUGCUCGCAGCUCCUGGGACUGGAUCGGACUGUACAAGGUAAAAAAAUAUAAAAAACAAGUCUGACUUAUAAAUGAAAUAUUUUAUAGAUACCUUUCAGGGCUUGAUACGAACUUUAUUCACGUUUGUCUUAUUGGUCGACAUAGGUACUAUUAUUUGAAAUCAAUUUUAGGUCUUUUGGUUGCGUGACAUAGAAGCUAUUGAAGAAAAUUUUCAAAAUUUCCCUUUGAAUUUAACACAAAAAUUUUAUGAGUAAAAAUUAGGGGAAUAAAGAGGUGUGUCUUAUCGUCGGACCUUAGUACUAUUAUUUGAAAUCAGUUUUAGGUUAAUUGGUCUCAUGUCAUGGAAGCUAUUAAAGGAAAACAGCCUUUUCUGAGAACAUCAACUGGUAAUUUAUUGAUGGUCCCUUAUUCAACACCCGACGUUGACCCGCGCUGCUGUUGUUAUUCCCGGUCAUGGAGAGUGAGAAGACACCAGUAGAUCUGUAGUGAAUGGCCAUCAGAUAUCCAACCUGAAACUAACUUCACUGCAGUAUUUACAUGAAAAAUUAUUUGUUUCCUCGGCUAAUUUUUUAUUUUAUGCGCACAUGUGCCCCUAAAUACAUUUUACAAUUCGCACACUUCUAGUUUUAGUCACAAAUGCGAGUGAAAUGGUCAAUGGUUAAAUUAUGCAUGAAGUCAGUGGUUUCUGUCUGUGCUGCUGCUCUCUUAGGUGGGUUUCAAGCACCAUAAGGACUAUGUGGGGUACGUGUGGGCCAAGCAAGAGGAGAAUGAUUUUCUUCGACAAGAGCAGCAGGUAAAAUGGACGACAGAGGCUGAUUUCUUCUUCUACAUUGUUUUACUUGACGUCUAAUAAAAACUGACUCUUUGUUUUCCAGGUGGUCUUUACCGAAGAGGAAUUGCCCAAGGGCUCAGGGGACUUUAUCUUGGGUUACUAUAGCAACAAUAUGAGCACCAUUGUGGGUGUAACAGAGCCAUUCCAGGUGAUCUUAACUUUGAUGCUGCUUUCUAAAGGUUGAAAUCAUUAAGUGUCUUAUUUCUCAGAGGGUGGGAUAACAUCUGAUUUAUGAUUUUGCUGCUGAUAUUUCCAUUUUUAAUUUCCCCUCUUGACACCGUGGUCGGUCUUCCACCUCCUCCAUCCUACUCAUAUCCUUUUUAUUUUAAUCUAUUUGUAGAUCCAACUUCCAACAACAGGUCCUGACCACAGCUCUUCAGACAGCUCUGACUUCAGCUCUGAAGACGACAGCACCGUCGUCCUGAUGAAAACCAGGUCACGCAGUCCGAGUCCGCGCAAAAAGCACCGUGGCCACCGCAGCGACAGCCGAAGCCGCUCAAGCAGUCCAGCUCAGGCUAAAAUAAAAGAGUCUGGUGUACCUGACGGAUCUAAAUCCAGCACCAUGGUAACAGCUGAUUGUGAGUCCACAGAGCGUCCAACAGAGGGCAGCAACAGCCAGGUGUCUGCUCCAGCUGAGGAGGAGAAAGAGACAGGGGCUGCAGGGGUGUGAUGCACAAGUCCUGCUCCUGUCACAGGUUACAUAGCCAACUGUUGUGUCUUCUAUAGCAUACAUUUUACAUUCUACACUGUAUGUUUCCUGUAAUGAAAUGAUACAGUUUCCAACGCCAUUUUUUUCAGGUACAGCCCUCUGGUUGGUCCAGAAGGCUAACUUUGCCUUGAGUUGUAACGCUGUGCGCAUUGUGUGUUUUUUAUUUGGAGAACUUUCACGCCGUCCCGUGUUUCUUCUACCUUUGUCCGUUCUCAGGUGUGGACAGUACAGGGAGCCGACACCUUGCAUAAAGAAAUACUCAAGGAUUUAUAACAAUGUAGUCAUGUAGAGUAAAAGAUACGCUCUUCAGAAACCAUCUCCCCUACAUCUUGAUGAGGGUUCGAACUCUGCAGCGAAGUACUUAGCAGUUGUAUCAGCAAACUGCAUGCAAGUGUGAAUCAACAACAUUGCUCACCAAUCACUCAUUUUGCUUUAGAAGUGGAUCUACGUGUAUCUAUAAUGAUAUAAAUCACUCAUACUGAUCGUACAUUUCAUCCCAAAUUUCUGCAAAUUUAAAAUGGAGACAGCCAUGCAGUUGGUUUUGUCGGCGUGAUCCUACUUUAGUGGGUAAUUCCUGCUUUGGAAAUUCAGCUUGCAUUAUUCAACGAUAUGACCUGCAGGUGGCGAUUUGAAUCAUCCGCCAAAGAGAAAAAAGCCCCUCCAGGUUUUAUAAAAACGUAGCAGUAUCAAGGUAGGGAAAGACUAGGGUUCGGGGAUUCUGGAGGGGAGUUUGGCAGCAGCAGCAGCACAUGUCAGAGUAGAGAGUGAAUGUGAGCAUAAAGGCCUUUAAAUAGGGUGCCAAAUCUGUGCAGGGAGAUUUUAUGCAUGUGGAGAACUGGCUGUUAUCUGACACUGCGUAGCUGCCCUACGAGUGCUGGUUCAUUAGUAGUUGUUCAGUAACUCUGCUGGUAAGCACAGCAGGAAUAUCUGAGCCAGGGGGCAUAAUGUAGAGUGCUGUAACACAUAUACUGUUAUGGGAGAAAACGGGGUUGAGCUCAACUAAACCAGCACCAAAGUUUUUUGUUUUUAUUUGAUUUUAUUUACUCUGAGAAAAAAAUGACAUUUCUUUAUUUUUAUUUUUCAUGCAUCUUGUUUUAAACACAGAAUUGUUUUACUGGCUGAAAACUGAUUGGGAUAUGUUUAAAAGUGUGAGCAGCUUUAAGUGUGAGAAGCUUUAAACUACACUGUAAGUAGUUUGAUACCACGCUGGCACGCUCCACUGUCACAAAAUAUCACAAAGCAGCCGUGAUGUUUCUGUCCAAUAAGAAACUUUCUCUUUAUAUGAUUUCCAACUUUCCUUUUUACCGUUUUGUAAGGUUGUUUUUGUUUUGUUCUCUUGCUCACAUCUGUCAUUAAUGAGCUUGGUGAUUAGCUGACAGUUACAAUAAUCACAGUAGUCGUGUUGCAUUGUUACUGUGUGACCUCUGAUGCACCGUCUUAGACACUUUGUACUUUUGGGCUGUUAGCAUAUAGGACAGUGAAUACUGUUGUAGCUGUGACCUCAGUGUGUAUGUCUGUACUCAGUUUUUUUGUGUGUAUGUGUUUUUAUGGACAUGUGUGUGUGUGCGUGUGCGUGUGUGAAUGUGUGUGGCUUGCUUUGGCAGUGAAUGAAGUGCAACUGUUUGCAUGGUUUGCUGCUGGACAUACUGUACAUUCCGGUACUGUGAUUUUUGUGCCGUAAAGUGCUGUUUUUGACUCCUCUUUGUUAUAAUAGUGGCUGUGACAAAUAUUAGAAGAAAAAAAAACACUGUUAAGGGCAGAAUAAGAAUUUAACUACAGUGUUAGUGUUAGGUAAAGAAAAUGCAGGACAGUCGCGCUUGCAUUUACUUGAAGUCGUUUGAAUCAUUUCCUGGUGCAUUCAUUUUUUUAUUGAAUGGGAAAUCUUUUGGACCUUUUGUGUAGAGUGACACGUAAUGAAAAUGUUAAAGAUUGUAUGACUUUGUCCUACUCUAGAUCAUUUUAGAUAAGUAUGAUCAGUUCUGCGGUCAUGAUCACUAUUUGUUGUUAAAUGUGAUUGAAAAAUCCUCUGUCUACAGAAUGUUCUAGCUUCGUAAUCAUGUGGCUAAAAUAGGUGAAGUAUUUGUGUAAAGGAGAAAUAUUAAGUAUGGUAGAAAACAAAAUAGAUGACAAUCUAUGCCACAAAGAUUAUUUUAUUUAAAUCAUGUAUUUAUUUUCUUAUUUAAAAUGAGCCGAAUUCUGCUGGCCAGUGAGUGAGCAUCAUUUCAGUGGAAAUAUAGAAGGUAUAUAACAGAAUAUUCAUAUUUAUUUUCUAUUAGGAAGUAUGAAUAUCUCCAGUGAUCACAAAAAGAGUGCUGUCCGUUCCUGAGUCUCCUCAUAUUUAUUGCCAUUGCUUGAUAAUCGGGUAGUUACAGUAUGUUUCUUGUGAUAGUUUUCUAAUUAAAAAGCAUGACAUAUUGAAGGGGCGGGGUGCUGGCGGGUUGUGAUGAGGAUGGAAGCGUAAAGACAGAUAAGAGAGAUCAAGAAACAGAAACCAUGACUGAUAUUAUUAUGUGAUUCAACGGAAAAUAAAGUUGAUGGCUUUAAAAACA